CCCAAGCAUUUUUCGAAAAAAAGCAAACAACAAAAAACAAAAACUAAAGUCAGAACACCCACUCUUAGAGCUCUUCUCUUCCUCUAACGCCCCUAAACAUUUUCCAUCUAUUUCUAUAUCUGUAUCGUCAAAUCUCAUUGAGAGAGAAAGAGAGCUUGAUUUGUUGGUAUGGAGGUGGUGGAAGAGGAAGUGAGCAACAAACAGAUCAUUCUGAAGGAGUACGUGAGCGGUUUCCCCAAAGAGUCGGACAUGGUGGUGAAGACUGGUACCAUUCGUCUCCAGCUUCCAGAGGGUUCGAAGAACGCCAUUCUAGUGAAGAAUCUCUACUUGUCUUGCGAUCCUGCCAUGCGUGGCCGCAUGAGGAAGACGGAAGAUAGCUACGUUGAGUCCUUCACUCCUGGUUCUCCUAUAAUUGGAUAUGGAGUGGCUAGAGUUUUGGAUUCUGGACAUCCAAACUUUAAGAAAGGUGACUUGGUUUGGGGAAUGACUGGAUGGGAAGAGUAUAGUGUCAUUAAAGCACCAGAGAGUGUAUUUAAAAUUCAAAAUACAAAUGUGCCUCUUUCUUAUUAUAUAGGAAUCCUUGGCAUGCCUGGUAUGACGGCCUAUGCUGGUUUUUAUGAGCUAUGCUCUCCUAAGCAAGGAGAGUAUGUUUUCAUUUCAGCUGCCUCUGGAGCUGUUGGUCAGCUUGUUGGGCAGUUUGCAAAGUUAUCAGGCUGUUAUGUUGUUGGAAGUGCCGGAACCAAAGAAAAGGUUGAUCUGUUGAAGAACAAAUUUGGGUUUGAUGAAGCUUUUAACUAUAAAGAGGAGGUCUUGGAAGCUGCUCUGAAAAGGUACUUUCCAAAUGGCAUCGAUAUUUACUUUGAAAAUGUUGGAGGAAAGAUGCUUGAUGCAGUACUUCUCAACAUGAGACUCCGCGGUCGCAUUGCUGUGUGUGGUAUGAUCUCACAGUACAACCUUGAACAACCCGAAGGUGUUCACAAUUUGUUCUGUCUUAUCACAAAACGAGUCCGUAUGGAAGGAUUUAUAGUUUUCGAUUACUAUCACAUGUAUCCGAAGUUUCUGGACAUGAUCUUGCCCCACAUAAAAGAAGGAAAAAUCACAUACGUGGAAGACAUAGCUGAAGGCCUAGAGAGUGCGCCAGCAGCUCUUAUUGGGCUUUUUGCCGGUCACAAUGUCGGCAAACAGGUGGUGGUUGUUGCUCGUGAAUGAUGAUGUUGUUGACGUCCUGGUAAACCCUAAUGUAAAUUCUUAAUAUGCUUUGACUAAACUUAUUAGAGAAAUGGUUUCUUACUGGGAUAAUGUUGCUAGAAGCUGUUUUUUAAGUUUUAAUCAAUGUGUGAGUGUCAAGGAAGUGUGAGUGUGAGCGUGAGUGUGAAGAUAAGUGUGACGGGCUGUGUAUGCUUUGCCCUAUUUGUUUCCCAGUUUGUGAACUCUUGUAAGUUUCUUCUUUACUCUUUGCUUUCGGUUUAAUAAAUGAGUCCAGAUCCGUCUGUCUUGGUUGUCUGCA